AUGCAAUACUUCAAUAUCUUUUCGACGGUGCCACGAUCUCAUGCAGACUGCCUGGCCCCCAAAUGGCCGCAGCAAACCCCACCCGACAAGGGUGUCGGAGGACUCAAUAACUUUGGGGAAUCCGUCAGCAGCGUCAAAUUUUUGGUGACAUCUUCGUCCUUGACAAAAGACUCGAUGCCCGCUUUCGUAUACAAGCCUCUAGCUGCCGAAGGGACCAAGAUCCGGCUCCUGGAGCUGUUGCCUGGCAGAGGACGGAUACAAUGUCGCAUGGCGCCAGCAGACCUCGAGAACCUCUCACAGCCGUACGAGUCGCUAUCGUACUGCUGGGGGGAUCAGACGAAGCAGAUAGCCAUCACCCUCAACGGUGAUGACUUCGAGAUUGGAGCAAAUCUCCGAGCGGCGCUGAAGCGCCUGCGCUUCCGGAACAAGUGCCGUGUCCUCUGGGUCGACGCUAUCUGCAUCAACCAAGCCAGUGUAAAAGAGAAGAACACGCAAAUCCCGCUGAUGAGGUACAUAUAUCAGCGGUCGAGCAGGACUAUAGUCUGGCUGGGCGAGCACGACCGCAAGACCGCGAGGGCCGUCCGGAUAAUCAACUUCCUCGGGGAGUGGGAAAAGGAGCACCCGGAGCUCGAGGCUACUGACUAUGCCCGAUGGAAGGCUCUGCGCCGGGAGAGCUUCGGGAAGAAACCGAGCCCUGUAGGGCUUUUAUCCCUUGCCUGGGCACAGUUGGAACGGCUUCGUGCGAUCCGGGGGAUAUACUCCGUCUUUGAGCGGCAGUGGUUCAAGCGUGUUUGGAUCAUCCAGGAGCUGGCAGUCUCUGGCGAGGUUGUGCUCGUCUGCGGAUCUUACAUGAUCAGAUGGGAUGUCGUUGACAGAGCCUAUGCCAUCUCGAGCAACCGGUGGGACGAAGACGACUACCUGGCCAACCUCAUCGAGCAGCGACGGCGCUAUCAGUUAUCCGCUCCUGCGACGCUGGCCGACAAGAUCCUAGCGGCAUACUCGGCCGAGGCGACAAAUGUGAAAGACCGGAUCUAUUCAGUGGUCGGUCUGGUUCCUGAGGCCACGGCUGGGAUGAUUCCAAUCAAUGUCGACUAUGACGGCGAUGUUGCGGAGCUGUUCAGAGAUACCACGAGGAAAUGCCUGGAAGCGACUGGCGAUGCGAGCAUUCUUUCGAUUUGCUUCGGGGAUAGUGAGGAUCGCCCGGUCGGCACGCCCUCUUGGGUCAUGAGGUUUAUCCGGAAUGGGAGGGAGACGGUAAACCACGGCCUAUUUGCUUGGUCUGUCUCUACAGAUGCCCAGUUUACCGCCAGUCAGGAUUCGUCAUGCAGGCCACUGUUUGCUGGACGCGACCUCUUGGAAUUAUCAGGCUACGUACUCGACACGGUGACCACUGUGGGGCCGGUGUUUAUUGUCACCCUGCACAUAGGAGUCCCGAGGACGCCCAAGGAGUGGGUGAUGGAAAUAGAGACAUAUCUGCGAUGGCGGGCGGUGGCCGAGGUGGACUCUGGCCAUGGUUAUCUGACUACAUCGGAGUCGAUGUUGAAUGCUUUCCGACACACGAUAUGUCCCGAUCUCAGGGCAACAAGCCCCGAUCUCACGGACGAGCAGCACCACGAUCUAUUUGCAAGAGUAGACAACUUCCUGAUGACACACUUCAACCCGCUGAUGAGGAGGACAGAGGAUGGGGAGAUGAGACUCGAUGUUUUCAAAGCCGUCACCGCCGUCGUCAAGCUGCGUCUCAAGGUCCUGAUGGGAGAUACGACGAUGGGUGACGAAGCGCUCGACUUUACAAAUGCUUUGAUCAUGGUCGGGUGGAGGCGUAUUGCCCGAGGCAAGGCCGGAUACCUCGGCCUGGUACCACAGGAGACAAGACAAGGCGAUCAGAUUGUGUUACUAGCUGGCUCUGACUCGCCCUUUAUCCUGAGGCCGGUAGGCUCAAGAUGGCGAUUGGUUGGAGAUGCUCACGAAGCAGAUAUGUAUCCUUAA